GUUAUCGCAAUAAAACAACCGCGCUAUAGUUCAGUAUUUAUUAGCAAAAAGACCCAACAGAAUUUUUGUGAGACGCUUCGAAGACUCAUUUGAUACUUCAUCCAAAAAAACAGUUUCAAGAGAAGAUACAAAAUAUAAAUUUAGCACCAAAAAUAAAAAUCAUGACGACGAAGCCGAUCGCAGUGAUUUUUGUCGCAUUGUGUCUCUGUUACGAUUCCGCGACUUCCGCAGCUGUGCUGGGUUCAAAUGGCGUCAGGGACAUUUGUCCGGACCCUCAAGUGAUUACGCCUUGCACAUGCAUUGUAACGAAUGCAGAUGUGGACGUGGAUUGUUCCGCUGUUUCCGGUUCUCCACAAUUGCAUGACAUUUUCAGCGCUGAGCCCUUCCCACUGAGGGUCAUGAACAGCUUGACCAUAGCAGAUUCACCUCAGGUCACGUAUUUGUACGAGCGGUUCACACGAGGUGUCGCUUUCAGGCAUAUCCAAAUCACGGGCAAUUCCCAACUGAGUGACUUGAGUACAUUGUCAUUCAUGGACAGUUCAGCAGUUUUGGAGACAAUCGACUUGAGUAACAACGCUUUGAGUGACUUGGUUAUUCUGGACACUCCUGGAGAAUUUCAAAAUAUCCUCAGCAUCGACCUGAGUAACAAUAUCAUCAGUGAAGCUCUCCAGAAUUUAGAAUGCUCCCCGAGUUUGACAAGAAUCGUGCUGAGGAACAAUCAAAUUUUCGCUGUCGGAGCUGAAGCCUUUGCAAAGUGUACGGCUGUUACUGAAUUGGACAUUGGGGAAAACAUGUUCAGUUUGUUGGAAAGCAUGGUUUUCGAUGGAUUAAGUGCUUUGGAGAAAGUGUACAUCAACAAUUGCCCAAAUCUCAACACCAUUGCCGACGGAGCUUUCCAGGCGAGCUCCGUCACAAAUUUGAAAGAGAUUCAAUUGUCGGAUAACGUCAAUUUGCGGAAUUUCAAUCCCAAUGCUUUGCCUGCAGAUAAUCUCAAAAUUGCAAUAAAAAACGGCGGUUUGACUACUUUGGAAGAAGAUUCUUUCCGAUCAAUCUUGGAUGUUAUGGUUCCUGGUGGUGGAAGAAUCGACGUAACAGUUAACACGCUUCAGAUCAUUUCCACACCAUCUCCGAUGAUCAUCUUCAUCAUGACUAUAGAAGAAGAAUCGAAUGAUGGGUUUUUUCAGCCAUAUAUGGACGACUUAUCGUGUAGCAAAUCCUGUGAUGGAUUUUACGUAAAAAAUAUUAUUCCCAAGCGUGUUCUCCAAGAGGCAAAACUAAAUAUCGAAAUUACCUCGAAUCCAGAGUUGAGCAUGAUUAGCGAAAACACCUUCGGAUCUUCCGCGAAUAUCUUGAGGAGCUUGGAUUUGAAUUCCAAUGCGUUGACGUCAUUUGUUCUCCUUGACUCCUCCACCUACCCAAGCUUGGAACUCCUGGACCUGGGUUCCAACCAAAUUUCUGCUAAUAUUCGGGAAUUUUCGUGUUCUCCCGCCUUAAAAACGUUGAGACUGCACUCGAACCUCAUCCCGGCAAUCGAUGCAAAUGCGUUUUCUACUUGCGGAACAUUGGAAACCCUGUUGGUCGGCGGAAAUUCGUUUUCUGUGCUUUCCCAAGACGCAUUUGCUGGGUUGACCAACAUAAAGGUCAUCAGGGUCAACGUUUGUCCUGAACUCACAGUUAUUCAAACUGGAGCCUUUCCGAUUGAGGUUGGCUCUGUUCUGGAGAGAAUCGAGCUCAACGGGAAUCCUAAAUUGACUAUAUUUGAAGAGGACUGGAUAACACAAACCGAUUUGCCGUGUAACACUCGCAUCGAAAUGAUGGUGUCACCUCUGACUACUUUGGAGCAACCCAGUUUUGAACCCAUCCUUACGACGUUCAUGGGGGCAGGUUGCGGAGGAUUAAUCGACCUUAUGGACACUCCCAUAGAGUGUGAUUGUGAUUUGAGCUGGCUGUUGGAGAAUCCCGGUUACUUGAUCCACGUCGCUGGCAAAUGUGUCAAUUUGGAAGGAACUCCGCAAAUACAAGACCAGGAUCCUACGGAUUGGUCCAAUUCCUGCAAAAGUUUCGCUUGUCAAUUUGUUCACAUGUAUUUGUGCACAGCCAGUUUUCUUAUUCUGUCGCUGUCGAGUGAAUCUCUGUCGAUUCCGGUGCUUUACGAUGAGGAAUUCGUCGUCAUUACCGACACUCGUCCAGCAAGGGCGAUGUGCCCCGUGCCCGAAUUAAUCAGUCCAUGCACAUGCGACGUUUCCUCGACGACAGGGCAAGUAACUGUCGAUUGUUCCGACGUGUCGAGUUCAGCGGAACUGGAACAGAUCUUCGUGAACGAACCGUUUCCGUCAUUCUUCAUGGACAAGUUCCGGCUCAGUGGAAAUGCUAACGUGACUUACCUCCUUGCCGAAUCCUUACACAAUGCUGCUUUUGUGAAUAUUGAAAUCACUUGGAAUCCGAAGCUGAGCGUCAUAAGCGAAAACGCCUUCGAAUCUUCUAUGACCACAUUGAAGAAAUUGGAUUUGGCCGGAAAUGCGUUGACGUCAUUUGUCCUCUUUGGCACUAUGGUUAACUACGACAGUUUGGAAUACCUGAGCCUGGCUGAUAACGAUAUCAUUGACAACAUACGGACGUUUUCGUGCUCGCCCGUCUUGAAAACGUUGGAUCUGCACUCAAACUUCAUCCCGGCAAUUGAUGAAUAUGCCUUCUCUAAUUGCGGAUCAUUGGCAACUCUCUAUGUCAGCGAAAAUGCAUUUUCUGUGCUGUCCAGAGACGCCUUCGCUGGGCUGCCCAACAUACGUUCCAUUUAUGUCAGCAAGUGUCCCAAUCUCGCAGUUAUUCAAACUGGAGCUUUUCCGGAUGUGAGCUCCAGUUUGACGGUUCUCCGGAUCCUUGGUGACACGUGUGACAUUGAAAUAUAUUUGAUGGGUUCAUCACAGCUGGCUACUUUGGAGCAAGCCAGUUUCGAACCCAUCCUUGCGACCUUUCUGAGCCCUAUGUGCGAAGGAUUCAUCGAUCUUGAAGACAGUCCCAUAAGGUGUGAUUGUGAUUUGAGCUGGCUGCUGACGGAGCCAAGUUACUUAAACCACACCGUUGGCAACUGUGUCAAUUUGGACGGAGCUCCGCAAAUACAAGACCAGGAUCCCACGGAAUGGUCUGCUUCCUGCGAAAGUUUCGUUUGUCAAUAUUUUCCCAUGCUAUGUUAUUGAAAGGCUUUUGGGGAAUUGUUUGAAAUGCAUCAACAUUUUAUGAAGCAUGAGCAACA